AUGGUGUCGCUUAUAGCAGCCGGUCUAAUUGGACUGGGUGCUCUCUAUAUGUGGCGUGUUAACUCGGCCAUGAAAGUAGUCCCCGAAGAGGCACAGAAACUAUCACCUCAUCGCUGGACAGUCGAAGAGAUCAAAGCAGCUUAUAAAAAGAACCUGGAAACGCCCAUCGAUGUGACCAAGAGCCUGCCCCCAAAACAAUCUCGACGGUACGUGGUAGUAGGCGGAACCGGUCUGGUUGGCGCUUGGAUAGUCUCGCAUCUCCUCACACGUGGCGAAGAUCCCAAGGCCAUUCGCAUUUUAGACCUGAUCUCCCCAGAGCAGGAUAUGCUCAAGAAAGGCGUGUGCUGGAUCAAAACCAACAUUGUCGACGAGUUCGCAGUAACAACAGCAUUCGAGGCGCCAUGGCCUGCCAAUGUUACCAACCUCGCUCUGACAGUCUACCACACUGCAGCCAUUAUCCGACCCCAAGAUCGACUCAAGAGCUUCCUACCGCUCAGCAGCAAAGUCAACAUCGAUGGAACACGGAAGGUGCUGAAUGCCGCAAGACUCGCUGGCGCCACAGCAUUUAUCUGGACAUCCUCGGGGUCCGUCGCACUGCACCAACCAACCUUCUGGAUCGCGCCGUGGGCAACCCAGCCCAAGCGUGUAGUUCAAGUGAUCAGCGACAGCACCAAGAUGCCCGAAUCCCACGACCAAUUCUUCGGCAACUACGCCGUAACAAAAGCCGAAGCAGAGCGCCUCGUCCGUGCAGCAGAUAACCCAGCAACAAAUUUCCGCACUGGCUGCAUCCGCCCUACAAACAGCGUCUAUGGCACUGGCGGCCAAGACAACAACGUUAUCACGGGCCUUUACCUCCGCAACGGAGGCAGUCCGACCUGGGCCCGCCCGAUGCUGCAAAGUUUUGUGCACGCGGAAAACGUCUCGAUCGCACACCUUUUGUACGAACAGCGUUUGAUCCAACAGAGCGAGCCUGGUUCGCAGCUCCCGAAUAUAGGUGGCCAGGCGUUCACCGUUAGCGACCCCAACCCGGCGAUUGCAUUUGAGGAUUUAUACACCUUGCUCACGACAUUGUCCAACACGCCGAUUUCGUUUCCCGAGGUGCAGCCCUUGCCGUUGUUAGUGGUUGCGUAUUUCGUUGAGAUGUACACCUUCUUGCAGUACAGAUAUCUCUCGUGGUUUCUGCCGAGGUUGUCGGGGGAUAUUGGGCGGCUUCAGCCCUCGCUGUUCUCCGUUAUCAACGUGCAUGCGUUUGCUGAUGAUUCGCGCGCGAAGCUGGCGCCUGAGUUGGGUGGAUUGGGAUAUAACCCGCCUCUGAACACUCUCGAGGGUCUGUGUCGGCGGCUUGUGGACUGGAAUACGAAGGCCGAGAGGGAGGGUUGA